AUUACCCUCAGCAGAAGCAACAGCAACUGUUAUCAUGUUUGGCUACCCAUCAGCAGAAGCAAAGAGCUGGCUCCACAGAGGCUAUGGGAAUCCUCAAGGGGCCACAGGGCAGCUGAAGAGUCGUCUGGAGGAUCUGAAAAAGCCAUGGCGGACAGAAGUCACUCCUUCAACAUUACAGCACAGUGAGACUGCUAGACUGGCUGUAGAUGCCUUUCUGGAGCAGGGUGAAUCUGGCUAUCUGCAAGCCAUUGUUCAAGAAAAGGAACUGCCAUUUCUUUCCACAUUAGACAUGGAUUACAUGAACCAACACAGCCAAAGCAUCACAGGUUCUCCCAUUAACGGACACGAGGCAGGGCUCACAAAAGAAGAUAGUGUAGACAGGGCUUCUCUUCUUUCUGGAGUUACAUCUGGGACCUACUUUCCAUGUAUGUCAGACAUUGAUCCUCCAGAAUUGGAGUUGGGUUGGCCAUCAGUGCCCCCCAUCUCCUGGUUUGAGAAAACAGAAGUCAGUUUGUAUUUUCAAAGAGACAAAGCAAACAACAUUAAGGAAUUAUUUCGAUCUCUAAUAAGCAAGGCCAAGAGAGUGAUUGCAAUUGUGAUGGACCUCUUCACAGAUAUGGAGUUACUGAGUGACCUGAUGGAGGCGUCAAGCAAACGACAUGUUCCUGUUUACUUGAUUCUUGAUGAAAAGAACUUGGAUCACUUCGCAGAGAUGUGCAGUAAAAUGGAUCUCACCAUGGAUGACUUCCCAAACAUGCGCAUACGCUGUGUGAGUGGAGACACAUACUACAGUAAGGCUGGCAAGAAGCUUGCAGGACAAGCUGUUGAUAAAUUCAUGAUGAUAGACUGUGAACAAGUCCUUGCUGGGACCUACAGUUUUACAUGGCUGUGCAGCCAAGUCCACACCUGUCUGGUGAUACAAUUCAGAGGGAAACUUGUUGAGGACUUUGACAAAGAGUUCCGAUGCAUAUAUGCUGAAUCUAGAUCUGUGAAUAAACUCAGUGCCUCCAGUGCUGAAAGACACAAUCCCUCUCCUUACAGAAACUUGCAAAAAACUGAGCCAAUUUUAAAGCAUACUCAAAUGAAUGAGAGUGAUACCUCAAGCCCUUCCAGUAGCUCCUCCAACUCUAGCAUAGUAAGCAUUAAAAAAUCACCAUAUCAAAACCAAGCGACCUCCACUGUACCCUGUGAGAAGAAAGAAGUGGCUGCUGGUGAAACAAGAAAAGAGACACUGGGCUUCCUGAGGCUUUGUGACUUGAAACACCAGCCCAGAGAGCAGCCAAACUCUAGUUACAGCAUAUCACCAAGAUUUAAUGCUCCAUUUGAUGAUGCAUCUAAUCUUCUAAGAUUUAAGACAUCUUUGCUGUCAGUAUCAUCACCAAUCAUAGACAUCAACACAAGAUAUGGGCAUGAUUUGCACCUUGGGACUAAUGAGGAUAUUGGAAUAAACAACAAGUUUUUCUAUGCUGCUCAGCCUAUGGAAGACCAAAGCAAAAUACAGAAGGAUGAACCAAUAACUCACAGAUACACCAAACUAGAUCUUCUUAGCAAGCCUUUUAAAUCACUAAAUAGUGAGAUGAGAUAUACAAUUCCCAAUACCUGCGGCCUCUGUGAUGAUGUGCCAAUGGAAAACAAAAGCCAUAUACACAGGAGUGACAAAAGGAUGACUCUUGGUCAUAGUAAAUUGGAUCUGAUUACUAACUAUAAUAAAUCAAAAGCAAAGCAAAUUCACAGUCGAUUUGAGCUGUAAUCUGUAUUCUAGGGUUUUAGCAAAUGGGUAACAAGUGCAGGCAUUAAAUCUGUAUUAAUUAAAAUAUGGAAGUUCAAUGGCCCACAUUUUUAAUUGGUCUAGGUUUCAGAUUUGGCUGAACAAAAGCCGAGAAGGCAUCAUAACAAGUUUAAAAAAAACAGCUCUAUGAUAGAAACAAAAUGAAUUGUCCUCUGAUAUUGGAAGCUUCUAUAAUGAAUUAAACUGUAAUAUAUUAUCAAAGCUUUAAAAAUAUGUCAGUGGACUUCUUUGAAUUGUUCUGUCUUAUGGGUAUCAACAAAUUGUUCUUGAAAUCAAUGGAAGGGCAACCAUUAUUUCCUGGUUAUCUUGAAGAUAAGGAACAUGAU